UAACUGACCCCUAUCCCCGCUGGCGUGGCCCAGGCCCCACUGGCCGAGUCACCCCCCCAAGGUGGGGAUACAGGCUGGUCCCUUCGGGUUUGGAGGGGGGAUCCCCAACUGGGGCGGUGCGAUAGUGGGGCCGAGAUACCAUGGCCCGAUGGGGAUGGGGAUAGGUUAAGCGAUACUGACCGCCUGCACCGAGCACGUCUGGCGCAUCUUGCCGCGCGGGCCCGCAUCCUCCUCGCCUCCCCGCAUCUCUGGCGGGCCGAUGCAGCAGCAGCAGCAGCAGCAGCAGCAGCAGCAGGAGCAGGACGCUGGAGCUUUGCUUCCAGCAGGGUACAGCGCCAUCGACACAACAAGCCUGUGGACUGCGACCAGGUGCGUUGUGGAUGCGGCGGCAAGUCGGCGAUGGCCGCACAUGUUCUUCCGUGGACGACUCACAACGGUGAUGGUCGUUUUGGCUAUGGCGCUCGUUGCAUCCGCGGCCGUCAUUGGACGACCCAGGAGACCGACGGGCGGCAACGGGACACCAGCGUUGAGAACAUUGGCGACUGCGUGUGCGGGCAGCGGCCCACUCGUCAUCAACGAGGUGGUGCCAGAUCCGAGUGGCAGCGGCAAGGAGUGGGUCGAAGUGUACAAUCCAACGUCCAACAGCAUGGACGUGUCUGGCUGGAAGCUAGUAGAAAAGACAGGGAGCGCCGGCAGGUGGGUAUCUAGCACGAUUCCAGCGUGUUCGUACGCUAUUGUGGAGUUCUCGAGAAAGCUCAACAACGGCGGAGACGCCCUCACCCUCAUCGACGAGAGCGGAAGCACAGUCGACGUUUUCAAGUACACCUCCUCGGUGAUCGGCAAGAGCUGGGCCCGCCAGCCUGACGGCGGUGCCUGGGGCCUGGAACCCCAGAGCCCUUCCCGAAGCAAGCAGAACCCGGCAGCGCCCAGCGCUGAUGAUGCCAGCAGGCGUGGUUGCGCGCAGUGCGAUGAUGGUCUUUGCCUCGGCUCCUGGAACAUUCAGAACUUCGGGGCGUCCAAGGGCGGCCGACCGGCCGUGAUGGCGGCGAUCCGCUCCGUCAUGGGGCGCUACGACGUGGCCGCCGUCCAGGAGCUAUCGCAGAUGCCCCGGGAGCCCUUCGUGUGUGGCGACAACACUGAGUCGACGAUCUGCGCAUCCCGCCCAAGCGAGGAUGGGUACACCGUGGCGGCGUCGCCACGGAUCGGCGACGAGCAGUACGCGGUAAUCCUCCGUGACGCGGCCGCCCGACCGGUUAGGGGCGCCACGUACCCAGACAUAGCGGGUGUGCAUUCGAGGCCUCCCCAUGCUUUCGAGAUCGAUGUCGCAGGAGAGGCGCCGUGGCGCCUUGUGCUGGCACUGACGCACACCUCUCCGAGCUCGGCGGAGGCGGAGGUCCAGAACUUCCCAGACGUGCUUUCGUGGAUGAGAAGCAACUUCAGCCGUGGGUCCCGCGGGGAUUUGCGCCUCGCCAUCGUCGGAGACUUCAACGCUGAUGGUGGCUAUUUUAAAGACGAAGAGGAGUGGCCAGACUCACAGCUCGGACCAGAAUGGGCCGGCUACUCGCUGUUGAUUGGCAAUGACGUCGACACCACAGUGGCGGACAACGAUCACACAUAUGAUCGCAUCAUCGCCGAUGCCACUCUAGCCGAGAAGGCUGGACCGCCAUCGGUGUUCUCUCUUGAGGACAUGGAUUUGUCGGAAGUACUUUCUGAGGGUUGCAGGGACGGCUACGUACCAUCAUUUGCUUGCCAGCAGUCCCUUGAAGGCAUUGAGUGGGUUGACGUGCCGCCCGCCGUCAAGAAGAGCUUGGCCAAGGAGCUGAGCGACCAUAAUCCCAUUGAGAUCUGCUUGCGUGGUUGAUUGAUCCGCGGGCCCUGACUGCGCCUCGGAGCGCGCGCUGUGCCUCUGCACGCGUGUCUUCCCGCCAGCCGUGCCUCGACGCGCACCACGUCCCCGGCGACGCGCCGCCGACGCGCUGUUGGCAGCGGCGCGACGCCGCCGCGGUGCCGCCGACGCCGACAGCGGCGACACCGCUUCGGUGAAGACCGACACCGCGGAGGCGGUGAAGCACCAACGCCGACAGCGGCGACAGCGUCGCCGCCGCAGUGCCGCGGUGACGGCAGCCGCGGCGGCGGGUGAGCGCCCAGCGGGCCACGUCACAGGCGCGAGGGCUGCGCUUCGCUGCCGCGCCGACAGCGCGGCUCCGCCCCGCCGCGGGUACCCGUGGCGCCGAGCAGGCGCCUCGCCGCACGCGCGCUUGCGCUGAACGCCGGCGCGCGCCCUGCGGCAGGAGUCGAGACCGUUGGGGCCAACAUCGUGAAAGAACACAACGCCGGGGGGCUGGG